UUAAGGUGCGAAUUAUUAAGGUUCCAAAGAGAACUUAAAGUAACGAAGAGAGUUAUAGAAAGAGAGAGAGAGAACACAAAACAUUUGUUAUAUUUCCCAUACCCUGUUUCUGUUGUUGCUCAUUCACCUUCGUCUUCUAUAAAUCUCAGAAACAACUGAAAAACAAACACUUUUUCCUAAAGGGUAAUAACAUUGAGGAAACAAGGUUUCUUGUUGUGGCGGUUUGGAAUGACUAUGCAACUCUGCUUCUUCUUCUUGUUGUUGCUUGGUGCCUCCUCUUCUGAUAAGACAACAUUAAGAAAAAGUUUAAGAAAAAACAACAGUAUACAAACACCAUCAUCUUCCAAUUUUGCAGUUAAGCUUAAUGAAGAAAACCAUGAGCAGUUGGUGAUUGACAACGGUAUCGUUUCAAUAACUUUAUCUAUACCAGAGGGUUAUGUCAUUGGUGUAUCCUAUAACGGAAUUGAGAAUGUACUUGAACCUCAAAAUGAAGAACAAGAUAGAGGGUACUUCGAUGUUGUUUGGAAUGAACCAGGAAAACCCAGUACCUUUCAAAGAAUCCACGGGACAAAUUUUUCGGUUAUAGCUUCUGACGAGAAUAUGGUGGAGCUUUCAUUUUUAAGGGCAUGGACAGCUUCCAUGGAGGGCUCAAAUGUCCCCAUUAAUAUAGACAUAAGGUACAUUUUGCGAAGAGGUGAUUCAGGAUUUUAUUCAUAUGCAAUAUUUGAUCGGCCUGAUGAAGGAUUUCCAGGCGUGGAAGUUGAUCAAAUUAGAUUUGUUUAUAAGCUCUUGAAAGAUAGGUUCAGCUAUAUGGCUCUAUCUAGUACGAGACAAAGAACUAUGCCAACAAUGAGAGAUAGAGAAACGGGACAAAUUCUGGCUUACCCUGAAGCCGUUCUCUUAACGAAACCAAGCAACCCUCAAUUUAGAGGAGAGGUGGAUGACAAAUAUCAAUACUCAUGUGAGAACAAUGAAAACAACGUUCAUGGAUGGAUUAGCCUUCAGCCUGAUGAACCGGUGGGUUUCUGGAUAAUUACUCCUUCCAAUGAGUUCCGCAAUGGUGGCCCCAUCAAGCAAGACCUCACUUCUCACGUUGGUCCCUUUACUCUUUCUAUGUUUGUCAGCACUCACUAUGCCGGCAAAGAAGUAACUAUGUCUUUCCAACAAGGCGACACUUAUAAAAAGGUUUUUGGACCUGUUUUUGUCUAUCUUAACUCUGCUUCAAUCUCUGACGAUCCCUUGUCUCUCUGGUCAGAUGCUAUUAACCAGCUCUCCAAAGAAGUCAAAGCCUGGCCUUACGAUUUUCCACUAUCACCAGAUUACUUUCCACCCGAUCAACGAGGAACAGUGUUAGGAAGAUUGUUAGUCCAAGAUUGGUGUGUUAAGGGUGGGAGAUUGCAGUAUGCUAACAAUGCUUAUGUUGGACUAGCAUUACCUGGAGAUGCAGGAUCAUGGCAGAAAGAGAGCAAGGGUUACCAAUUUUGGACUCAAGCUGAUUCCAAAGGAUACUUUGCAAUUAAAAAUGUUGUACCUGGGGAUUAUAACUUGUAUGCUUGGGUACCUGGCUUUCUUGGUGAUUACAAAUAUAAUUCUACAAUCACAAUAACACCAGGAGGAGUCAUCAAAUUGGAUCAACUUGUAUAUAGUCCUCCUAGAAAUGGACCAACCAUAUGGGAAAUUGGUAUCCCAGACAGAACAGCUGUAGAGUUCUACGUACCAGAUCCUUACCCGACUCUCAUGAACAAAUUAUACACUGAACAACGCAAAGACAAGUUUAGGCAAUAUGGGUUGUGGGAACGUUAUUCUGACAUGUAUCCAAAUGAAGAUCUUGUUUACACUGUUGGUGUCAACAAGUACAAUAGAGAUUGGUUUUAUGCCCAUGUUACAAGGAAUAUGGGGAAUAAGACAUACGAACCAACAACGUGGCAAAUUAUAUUUGAACAUCGCAAUGACAUAAUAGAAGGGAACUACACACUACAAUUAGCCCUAGCAUCUGCUGCUGAUGCUGAACUUCAGGUUCGGUUCAAUGACCCAAGUGUUUAUCCUGCCCAUUUUGGAACAGGGCCAAUAGGAGGAGAUAAUGCCAUAGCAAGACAUGGAAUCCAUGGAUUGCAUAGGCUGUAUAGUAUUGAUGUGCCUAGUCAUCACUUUGUGAAAGGAAAGAAUAUCAUUUAUCUGAGACAGUCUAGAGCUAUAAACCAAUUUCAAGGAGUUAUGUAUGAUUAUAUCCGUUUAGAAAGACCACCAAACCCAACCAAUUGAUUUAUUGUGUCUCUACCUUUUUGUGGACACAGUAAAUGGAGCUUUGUAAUUAAUUAGACUUUAGCAUUGCAAUUAAUUUGUACAAUAGAAUAAUAAAA